AUGCUGGAAUUUCUUCAAAAACUCAAUUCUGGAGCACGUCCAGAAUUGGAUAGCCUCUUCUUAUUCAGUACUCCGUUGAUCCCAAUUGCGAUAAUGGCGACUUACAUGAGCUUCGUCUUGCAUUACGGUCCAAAAUGGAUGCAAAAUCGGCAGCCUUUCAACUUGAAAUACGUCAUUCUGGCUUACAAUUUGAUGCAAGUGUGUUACAACGCCUGGAUGGUACAAGAAUCAGUAAGGACCAUUUACGUUUGGGACAUGCUAAAGAGUUUUGGAUGUACUCCCGCCUUAGAUGAAGUUGAUACGUCUCUUUUAAUGGCGGAACUUGCUCGAGGAUUUUGGCACUACACAUUCAAUAAGAUCUUGGAUUUACUUGACACAGUCUUCUUUGUGUUGACCAAAAAGCAGAGUCACGUCACUUUUCUUCAUGUGCAUCAUCAUUCCUUGAUGGUCUCGUUCUUGUGGUUCAUUGCCAAAUAUUAUCCGGGCAUCGAUGGAGGCAUUGUCGGAUUUUGCAAUACGAUUGUCCACACCGUCAUGUACUUUUAUUACUUUAUUGCCGCUUUGGGUCCCGCUUAUCGGAAAUAUUUGUGGUGGAAGAGUUAUUUGACUCUCUUGCAAAUCACGCAAUUCGUCAUAAUUAUUUUAUAUAUCCUGGUUGCGGUUUGUAUGUGUGGCAAAAACUUUAAUUUGUACAUCAUUACCUUCAUAAUGGCUGAAACGAUGUUCAAUUUGUACUUGUUUACAUCAUUUUAUUUUAAAUCCUAUAAAAAUACAAACAAAAAGACUCAAUAA